CUGACUUUGGUGUGCCCUUCGGCUGAUUUGCUUGAGGAAACACAUGGGACUGAAUCUCUGAAAGAAGUUGAUGAUGUUUUUGGAGUUUCCAAGGAAAAUCCGAUUGCUGAAGAACAUGUUUCGUCUUCCAGUCGGCAUGAAUCCAGUCAAACAUGUGAAGAAGAUAACAUUUUUGGGGAGGGUGGUGUUCCUAAAUGUGAUAUAGAUGCUUCGAUUAGGAAAACGGUUGGUGGAUCUCUUAUCAUUGAUGAGGGAGUUGGGAGCUCAUCUAUUUGUGAAGGUAGUACAGGAAAUGAGUCCUUAGUUUCAAAAUUACAAUUUGACGCAACUGUUGGCAAUGGAUCAGCAUCAAAUGCUACCUUGGAAAAUGCGAAUGUCACAUCCUGUGACACAAUGGCUGUUGUUCUUUCACCUUCUGAUGAUGGUAUAACUGCAGAUAGAAUUAUUGACUGCAUAGAGGUUCAAAUAACAGCUUCUUCUGUUACGGGGAUUAUCCACUUGGAUAAACAGGAGCCAAGUACUACCGAACUAUCUACAGAUGGAAGAAUAUCUAAUUUGACAGAAUCUUCAGAAGUGAAAAAUGAGCGAGGUCCUGUUUCUGAAAAUGAAAAAGAUGCAUCUUUGGAUUCUGCCGAUAAGUUGUCACGAGAAACAGAUGAUCGAUCUCUGUCAAAUCCAGAAACUUGUAAAGCAGAAAGGCAUAGUGAAGUUCAAAAAACAGUUGCUAGUGGAGUUAAUCAGGAAUCUUCUCGGGGAAUGGAAAUGCAUGCUGUUAUCUCUGAUAUAGCAGCAGAUGUGGGUGAUGAUGAAAAUGCAUCCUUGGAUGUUUCAGGUGAUAUUUCCAGAGUUAAUGAAGGUUCCUUGUCUUCUGCCCUUUUGCCUGAAUCUAAAAAUAAGUUAUGUGCACUGGAAAGUGUAAGUGCGUCUGACAAUCUUGAUAAACCUACUGGUUCCCCUAAUAUCAUAAGAACUACAGAGCUUUCUUUGAGAGAAAAUGAAAAGGAACAAGUGAAAGCUUCUAUAGAAGAGGGAGUCAAUGGGUCCACAGAUCAGAACGCCCUGUUUCUGAGGUCAUUAACGUGGAUGCCAAUAAUGUUUUGUCUAUAUCUGGGAAUCCAAAAGGAAAUGACACCUCCAAAGUGGAGAAGAGCUUUGCUUUUGAGAUCAGUUCAUUGGCAGAUCUGUCUAGAAGCGACACUGGCAAGAAUUCAGAACCCUUUCCUUCUAUUUCUGCUGGCAAAGUGGCACCCAUUGUAGAGGGUUCUCCUUCAACUUCUGGCUUAGUCCCAAAGGAUGCAAAGAUUUCACAAGAUAUUUCUCAUGGAAGUCCACAAGUAUCUGAAGGACAAGUUACACGUGGUCGUUCAAAAGGUACUCAUGAGCGUAAAACAAGGCGAGGAUCUGGUAAGGCAACUGGAAAGGAAACUGCUAAAAGAGGAAAUCAUGUGAAAGAAACCACUCCUGGAAGACAAUCAGAAAGAGGAGACAAAUCAACCAAUGUGUCCUUGAGUCCAUCUGCGAUUUUCCAGUUUGUGCAAUCCAGUGAAAUGCAGCACUAUGGGCAUAUUGAAGGCAGUAA